AAACAAACUCGACAUUAUAUAUAUACCAUGAUAUACCUUCUUGUUCUCUACACCGUUUAUAUAAAACCAUAGAGGUACCGAUCGAAACCACACAAACAAAACACAUGGCUAAACUCAUUUUCUUCUUCGCUCUCCAAAUCCUUCUCCUCGCAGUUGUUGCAUCUGCCGGAGACGGCGAAGACUUCGCUAGAACCAUGGACCGUAAACUUCUCGGUCUCCAUAGAAAAGAGAAGCUAACCCAUUUCAAAGUCUAUUGGCACGACAUCUUAAGCGGUCCAAACCCAACUUCCAUCAUGAUCCAGCCACCGGUUACAAACUCUUCCUACUUCGGAGCCAUCUCUAUGAUCGACAACGCUUUGACCGCGAAAGUUCCGAUGAACUCCACCGUUUUGGGACAGGCUCAAGGGUUCUACGCCGGAGCGGCACAAAAGGAGUUGGGAUUCCUGAUGGCCAUGAACUUUGCUUUCAAGACAGGGAAAUAUAACGGAAGCACGAUCACCAUCCUUGGUCGGAACACGGCGAUGUCGGAAGUCAGAGAGAUGCCGAUCGUCGGAGGAAGUGGGCUUUUCCGGUUUGCUAGAGGCUAUGUGGAGGCUAGGACAAAGUGGAUUAAUCUCAAGAACGGAGAUGCUACUGUUGAGUACAGUUGUUACGUGUUGCAUUAUUGAGGUUAAUGAUAUUUUUGUCGGUUUCGUAUAUUUAAUUUGACUACGUUAUAAAUUAAUAAAUCAUAUUUCGAUAUAUUUGUGUUUUCUUAGUCUUUUGGCAUUUGGCUUUAUUAUGGUGUGUUGUGUGGUGCGUUGGAGUUGUUCGUAAUAAUAUAGUUUUUUUUUUUU